AUUUAACCGGCCUCAGUUUCUGAGAAACAUAGUUGUCUGAACCUUGAAACAGGAAAUUAAAAAAAAAAAAAAAAAGGAAAAACAGAAACGAGCAGUUUGGAGCGGGAACCGUAAGUAGGAGGAGAGACAAACGGAGGCCGUCCCGUCCGUUAAAAUCUGUGAUUCCUAAAUCCUUAGCUAUUAUCGAACAAUACCAUGUCUCGUACGCUUCUCCUUUUAUCUACCUCUUCCCAACUUACACCUCCAAUUCGCUUUGUCAAACCCUAGACUCAGACUGUUUCUUGAGCAGAAAACUGUAGUUUUAAAUUCCUGUUGAACUUUAAUACGUGACUAUGAUGGAUAACCCACGAUCAGCCUCUGGGAAUGGUGAAGAUCAGGUUGGGAUUCCGGAUGAUUUACGUUGCAAGAGGUCAGAUGGGAAACAAUGGAGAUGCACUGCCAUGUCUAUGCCAGAUAAAACGGUGUGUGAGAAGCACUACAUACAGGCAAAGAGGAGAGCAGCUAAUUCUGCUUUAAGAGCUAGUCUAAAGAAAGCUAAAAGGAAAUCAUUGGGUGAAAGUGAUGUAUACUUGGAGAGUAAGAAUGAUGAUUUCGAUACACCACUCGUGAAUAUGAAGGUUGACAACCAUCCUCUUUCAGCCUCCAAAAAGAAGAAUAAAGAAAAGGUAUCAAAAAAUCAGGUUCAGUAUUCACCAGAAACACCUAUAAGAAGUCUGUCUCUGCGAAAUUCUCUAAAGCCAAAUGAUGAAUUGCAAAAAGAUCUAGAGCCUGAAGAGAAUUGGAAGUCGUAUAAAACACCACCCUUUUCUACAAUGGAUUCAUCCAGGAGCAGGUCACAGAGGAGCUUUGAUGCCAGUGCUAUGACAGAAUACUCUGAUGGAAGCACAGAUUCCUCCGAAGAUGCUGGUGGGCAAACUUGCCAUCAGUGCCGAAGAAAUGAUAGAAACAGAGUAAUUUGGUGUCGCAGAUGUGAUAGAAGAGGCUUUUGCGAUAACUGUAUUUCUGCAUGGUACUCAGAAAUUUCAUUGGAAGAAAUUGAAAAGGUUUGUCCUGCAUGUCGUGGUAUCUGUAAUUGCAAGGUGUGCUUACGAGGGGAUAAUAUGGUAAAGGUAAGAAUACGAGAGAUACCUGUCAUAGAUAAGUUGCAAUAUCUCUACUGUGUACUAUCUUCAGUGCUUCCUAUAGUUAAGCAUAUCCAUCAUGAACAAUGCUCUGAAGUAGAACUGGAGAAGAAACUCCGUGGAACUGAUAUAGAUCUUAUCCGUGCCAAAUUGAAUGCAGAUGAGCAGAUGUGCUGCAAUGUAUGUAGGAUACCUAUCAUUGAUUAUCAUCGGCAUUGUGCAAAUUGCUCUUAUGAUCUAUGCCUUCAUUGCUGUCAAGAUCUUCGGGAAGCGUCAAUGCAUCCUCUAGUAGAAAACCAGAUGGGUGGGAGGAGUCAUGACAAAGAGACUGUGUCAAAGGAAGUAAAAGAACCCAGACUAAGACUCAAUUUAUCUGCCAAGUACCCUGACUGGAAGGCAAAUCGUGAUGGCAGCAUUUCAUGCCCGCCAAAGGAGUAUGGUGGUUGUAAUUAUUCUUCAUUGAAUUUAAGUCGCAUUUUCAAGAUGAACUGGGUGGCAAAACUGGUGAAAAAUGUGGAGGAAAUGGUUAGUGGUUGUAAGGUCUGCGAGGCUGGCACUCUGCCAAUAUCUAGGUUAAAUGAUUCCACACUCUCUCAGUAUUCUCAUAGGGAGGAAAGUGAUGAUAAUUUCUUAUAUUGUCCAUCAUGUGAAGACAUAAGGACUGAAGGGAUAAACAAUUUCAGGAAGCAUUGGGUUAAGGGUGAGCCUGUUAUUGUGAAGCAGAUAUUUGAUAGCUCAUCCAUCUCAAGCUGGGAUCCAAUGGUCAUAUGGAGAGGGAUUCGGGAAACAUCAGAUGAGAAAAUGAAAGAUGAGAACAGAGUAGUGAAGGCCUUAGAUUGCUUAAAUUGGUCUGAGGUUGAUAUUGAACUUAGUCAGUUUAUAAAGGGAUACUCAGAGGGACGAAUUCGUGAUGAUGGUUCGCUACAGAUGUUGAAGUUGAAGGACUGGCCUUCCCCCAGUGCUUCUGAAGAGUUCUUAUUAUACCAGAGACCUGAAUUUAUUAGUAAAAUGCCUCUACUUGAGUAUAUCCAUUCAAGGUUGGGUCUUCUAAAUGUUGCUGCAAAGCUGCCUCAUUAUUCCUUGCAGAAUGAUGCUGGACCCAAGAUUUAUAUAUCUUACGGGACCUAUGAGGAACUUGGUAAAGGUGAUUCACUGACCAAUCUGCAUAUCAAGAUGCGUGACAUGGUAUAUCUAUUGGUGCAUACACAUGAAGUGAAGCUUAAAAAUUUUGAGGGAAAUGAGUCAGUUGACCAAGAAACAAGCUUGGGUGAAGGAACAUUAGCUGAUUUAUCAGUUGGCAGGCAGGAUUUACAGAAUGAAACAAAUACAGCUGCAGAUAACGAUGAGAGAAUGGAGGAGGAUCAAGGGGUUGAAAGUACCACUAUGGUUGGAGAGGUUGAGAAAAUUGACAAUCGAGGGGUUGAAACUAACAGAAUGGAGUAUGUUAAGAGAAUGAAGGAUCAAAAAUUAAGGAAAGAUAAUGGAGAUAUCUCUGCAGAGACUCGUCCCGGUGUUCACUGGGAUGUCUUUCGUCGGCAGGAUGUUCCAAAAUUAAUUGAUUAUUUGAAAAAGCACUUUAAGGACUUUGGGAAGUUCGACGCUUCAGGAAGUCAAUUUGUGAAACACUCACUUUGUGAUGGAACAGUUUUCCUGAAUGGGAAUCAUAUGAGAAAAUUGAAGGAAACAUUUGGAAUUGAGCCAUGGUCGUUUGAGCAGCAUUUGGGGCAAGCUGUCUUUGUCCCUGCUGGAUGCCCUUUCCAAGUGAGGAAUCUUCAGUCCACUGUUCAGUUGGGUCUUGAUUUCUUAUCACCUGAAAGUGUGGGAGAGGCUGCUAAAUUGGCUGAGGAAAUACGCUGUCUUCCUAACGACCAGGAAGCUAAACUUCAAGUUUUGGAGGUCAGACAAAGGGAAUUUUCGUUAAAAGUAGGAAAGAUAUCACUGUAUGCUGCUAGUUCAGCCAUUAAGGAAGUCCAGAAAUUGGUGCUUGAUCCUAAACUUGGUGCAGAGAUUGGGUUUGAGGAUCCGAAUCUAACUGCAGCAGUUUCUGAAAACUUGGAGAAGGUUUCUAAGCAAAGAGAGAUAAGUUGUGCUUGAUUAGUGUACAGUAAUUGUAUUUUAGAUAUAGGAAAAUUAAGUUUUAAAGCAUCUGCUAUGGUGCUUACUGGAAUUUAAAUGUAUAAAUGUAUUUAUAUGUGUAAUAUCAUGUAAUGUUUGUGCCGCCUCCAUUUCUAGCUGUUUGAUUUCGGGGACUAGUGCCUUGUUUUUCAGACAUUGUGGCACUUGUAAUGUGUUUUAAGAUGUAAGUGAGAGAAUAGUUUGAGAUCA